CGACUUCCGACGUGCGUUUUUGGCUCUCGGUGGAUGGAAAUUCCGGUUUAUCCAGUUGCCUUGUCCUGUUUUAAACCGCUGAAAGUUUUAAUCCAUCUCAGUGUCGGCAUCGGUGGCAGCGACAGCAGGAUGGCGUCCAACACCACUACAAUGGGGAACCUUCCCAGUGGAGUCGGGAUAUGUACCACUAUUCCCGACAUCCUGUACCUGCCAGAACUGAUCUUUGGUGGUCUGGUAUGGAUCCUGGUUGCAUGCACGCUGGUGGUGCCACAAAAUCCUCAAGGCUGGGUCAUGUUUGUCUCCGUCUUUUGUUUUGUCAUGACGUUCAUAUGGAUUGUAGUGUUUGCCUGUGGGGGGCAUCACAACAAGGGCACCUGGGCUGCUGCAGACUUUGCUUAUCAUGGAAUUGCUGCCUUCUUCUACCUCAGUGCUUCAGUAGCUUUGGCUAGAGUGACACUUGAGAUGAAAGAUGGUAACUUCAGAAACUACCAGCUGGACAUCUCUGCAGUGGUUUUUUCUUACGUGACCACACUCCUCUACUUUGUCCACACAAUACUAUCUGCAAUUCGAUGGAAAUCUUUCUAGGAAUUUUUGUCUCUGCAAUUCCAGUUUAAACAUGGCCUGUGACAUGUUGACAUAAAGGGACAGCUGACAAACAUCUGGCUUAUCAGACCAUUUUAGCACCCAUCUGUCAGACAUUUUUUUAACAGAUAGGGUGACUCAGAUUCAACCCUGAAGCUUUUGUUGGAGAACUGAAAAUCUCAGACAAAUGUAUCCAUUGAUGACUGCCUAAAUCUUUUACAUUAUAUACAGUAAAUUACACUUCACUUCAUAAGAACUGCAGUAGAUGUGACAAAAAAAACAACUGAAUGUAUAUGAAGCAGACAGAAGUUCACUCUCUUCCGGUUUGUUAAAGAAAAACACAAAGGUUAAAAAUGUAUGUCGAGAGUUGCAUUUGGGGCUAGAAAUCUUCCAAUAAAAAUCACUGACAGAGAAGAUUACAGCUUUAGCAAAUCAUAGAAGCAGUAUCCAGAUUUCUGUAAUUGACAAAUAGGCUUGCUAUUGAGAAAAUGUUACCUCAAAAAUCCAACACUUUAGUAAAUGUAUUUCCAGAGCUUAUUAAUUAUUGACUUUAUUUUUUUUGUACUUCAUAGUGUACGGUAAAGAGCCCAUAAACUCCACCAACAGACUAUUUUUUUAGGCUUAGGUUUUUAUUUAGGUUUUUACUUUGACGAUGCACUUUCGCUUGGUAUUGUUUUAAUAAUGGCUGAUUAAAGGAAGUGUCUGGUUAAUUUUUAUUUCUUAUUUCAUAAACUAUUAUUGUGCUGAAAUUAAGCAAAAAUAAACCAAUCAAAUAAUUAUUAAUCAGAGUCAACAUCAGGAUUUAUGUUUUUUUUGUGAUGUAGGCCUUUAUAGCUAUCAGCUUAAUUUUUGUAAUUUUUUAAAACUGCUAAUUUAAUUGAAAAUUAAUAAAGUCUUUGUUUUG